UCCGAAGGAGGGGUCGGCGCUGCCCGCGCGCCGAGGCCGCGCCCCUCCUGGCCCCGGCUUCUUGGCUGUCAAACAGCUGUGGGAGCGCCGGCUCCGGCGGAGGAGCCCGAGAGGUCCGGGAGCGGCCGCACGGCCUGGUACCGCCUGAAGAAGAGACCACUCGGAGACUGCACCGCGCGGAUCGGAGGUUUCCCGAACAUUUUGCGGCCUGAGGAUCCAGUUCUGCUGAGAUGCUAUAGGACGUGUUCCUGUUUUUGCACUGCAUCAAGACCUUCCUGGAAUUUUUCAGUUGCAAGUUAACAACCAAUUUUGCAUUGAGCGCCUGUGCUGCUUGCACUCUGAAUUUGCACUGCUCGGGUAGUGUGGUCAAAAUUGAAAUUGCACACAGCACAAGUUUGCAUCAGACUGAAAAGAGAACAUAAGCCAACGAUGCAUGGCCCAAGAGUGGGAAAGGUGAUAGAUGCCUGAAGUGGAAGAGGUGGUGCAGAGGGGGCACCGCCCAUGCUGCCCUGCUUCCAGCUGCUGCGCAUAGGGGGCGGCAGAGGCGGUGAUCUCUACACCUUCCACCCCCCCACUGGCACUGGCUGCACCUAUCGCUUGGGCCACAGGGCUGACCUGUGUGAUGUGGCCCUGCGGCCCCAGCAGGAGCCUGGCUUCAUCUCUGGGGUCCACGCCGAGCUGCAUGCUGAGCCCCGGGGUGAUGACUGGAGGGUCAGCCUGGAGGACCACAGCAGCCAAGGGACUUUGGUCAAUAAUGUCCGACUCCCAAGAGGUCACAGGCUGGAGUUGAGUGAUGGGGAUCUCCUGACCUUUGGCCCUGAAGAGCCCCCAGGAACCAGCCCCUCGGAGUUCUACUUCAUGUUCCAGCAAGUCCGAGUCAAACCUCAAGACUUUGCUGCCAUUACCAUCCCACGGUCUAGGGGAGAAGCUGGGGCGGGUUUCCGGCCCAUGCUGCCCUCCCAGGGGGCUCCACAGCGGCCUCUCAGCACCCUCUCCCCUGCCCCCAAGGCCACACUGAUCCUCAACUCCAUCGGCAGCCUCAGCAAGCUCCAGCCUCAGCCCCUCACCUUCUCCCGGAGUGGGGGUGGGCCAAAGAGCCUCUCUGUUCCCACUCCACCUGGGGAAGUGGGGGCCACCUCUUCUGCCCCUCCCCCACGAAAUCGGAGGAAAUCUGUUCACCGAGUGUUGGCAGAACUGGAUGAUGAGAGUGAGGCUCCUGAGAGCCACCCACCAGUCCUUAUGGAGCCCAGGAAGAAACUCCGUGUAGAGAAAGCCCCGCUGACACCCAGUGGAAAUCGACGUGGCCGUCCUCGGAAGCACCCAGUGAGCACCCCCAUGACUCCCCCUGCAGGUGGGGGCGGGGAGCCCUGCGCAGCUCCUUGUUGUUGCCUGCCCCAAGAAGAGACGGUGGCCUGGGUUCAGUGUGAUGGUUGUGACGUCUGGUUCCAUGUGGCCUGUGUUGGCUGCAGCAUCCAGGCUGCCAGGGAGGCUGACUUCCGAUGCCCAGGGUGCUGCACGGGCAUCCAGACCUAACGUCUUGCACCAAGGCCCCAGAGGACACAGCUCCAUUCUGUGGGUGGACAGUGGAGUGCAAACGGACCUCACAAACGCUCCCGCUUCUUCCCUUCCCUCCCCAGGAGGGAAUGACUACAGGGAAUAAGG